GCGCUCUGGGUUUGUCUCCCGUUGAGGAGAGACUCUCCACACUUUGCGAAGCUUCCUCACCCCAGCCAGCAGAGAGGAUGAACGGAUUGGAGUCUGGUGUUCCUCCGCGGCGGAUCGUCCUCCAUGCCUCCGUCUGAACGAGGUCCUUUGGUCUGAUGUUUCCCCUCCGAUCCUCAUUUCGGAGAGAAUGCUUCUUCUCAUUUUUGCGACUUUAUUUGGAGUCCUUCUCAACGCAGGAGAUGCCCUUCAGAUCCAGUGCUACCAAUGUGAGGAGAUGAAGCAAAAUGACUGCUCCACGCCGGAGUACAUCGUCAACUGCACCGUCAACGUUCAGGACAUGUGCCAGAAGGAGGUGUUGGUCAAACCCGAUGGAAUACAUUAUCGUAAGUCGUGCGCCUCCUCGGGGGCGUGCCUCAUCUCCUCCUCUGGGUACCAGCAGUUCUGCACCGGCAGGGUGAACUCCGUGUGCAUCUCCUGCUGCAACACCCCCCUCUGCAACGGGCCCCGGAGGAAGCGCCCCACCCCCUCAGCGGCGACGUCCAAUCGGCCUUCUCUCGUCCUCUUCCUCACCUUCCUCCUGCUGCCGCUCCUCCCUGUGACGUAGACUGAGGAGGAGCUCUGCUCUACAAUUCCCCUUGGAGCUGCGAUCCCUGCUGUGAGGUCCUGAAGGAGCAGAUUUGGACACUUUUGAAUCGUCACGCCGUGGAGAGAAACUGUCGAUGUGAUCGAUAAAACCCCGUGAGGAGGAUGGCGCUUUGAAAACCUGGUGAGGCGAAUUCAUGUCGAGCUUUACUGAAUCGUUUAUCGCUGCUGUGGCCGGAGAAGGACCAUCCAAAUCUCAAAUCGUUCCUGUUUGUGAAGUGGAGCGUGUUGUGAGGAAGCGCCUCCGGGGUUCUGGUUAUUAGAUGCUGUAAACUGGUAUUGUGGAAAAUGAUAUAUUUAAGCUAUAUUUUGUGGGCUUCUGUUGGUUUUCUUCCUUGUUAAUAUCGUUGCUGUCAUGAUGAAUCCGGCUUAUAUGAAUUCUCCUGCUGCACAUUCAUGAUCAUAUAUGCAUAUUUCCACUGCCGAACAUAUUAACUCACUCAGAAAUAGGAACAACUAUGUUUUAUUGAUUUCAAAAAGGAAUCUGUUGUCCACAAGGCUGAUUAGAUGAUUUAAUAAUCCAUAUACUCCUUUGGGAAAUUGAAUAUUAAACGGCCUGUGAGUUAAACUCUCACUAGAGAAAUGCUUCAGGGCGAUAUCACUCAUAUUUCCCUUUAAGUUAAUAUUUCUUAGUACUUCAAAUAUUACAAAUAUGCCCAUCAUAGCUUGCAUGUUAAAGCUGUAGACCAAAUAUUCACAUUAUACACCAUGAAAACAAAUUUGGCUUAAUGUAUGGAUUCUAUUCCCAUGGCAACAUGUGUUAUACUUCAGUCUUAAUUAUAAAUGUUUUGUUCUGAAGUUUGAUUUGAUUAUGUGUACAGUAUUAUAUUUAUAUGUACAGAAUGUGCUGUAAACAAAAACAACGCAGACGUUCUCCAACUGUAUUUGAAUGCAACAUUAUUAAUGGUCAAGAAACCGAGGGAAAGCCUUGGUGUACAUUCAUAAAUAUAAUAAGACUUAUUUCUGUUCUGGAAACAGGGAAGAUGGACCAUGUGAUAAAUGUUCAUGGCAGUUGUUGGCUGGUCUUCUGUGAAGAGUCAUUCUGUAUUCUGCUGAAAUGUGAUGGAAAUAAAUGUUGCAGAAAAAAA